GGGGGGCAGGGAAGGCGAUGGGGAGCGCCGGAGCAGACGAGUCGCGGGGGGGACUGAGGGCUAGAGCGGCCGGGCGGUCCGGCUCCCGGAGCGCGAGCGGCGGGGCCCGGCCCGGCGGCGCGCGAGCAGUGCACUGAUAAGAUCACACAGCUUGCAAUUCUACACCAUCAUCUGAAUUCAACAUCAGCUGUUGUCUUCACUCUGGUCCCUGCAAGAUGCCAGCAGCCCUUGCAGAGAACAGCCAGGUUAUAUGUGAAGUAUGGGCAAACAAUCUGGAAGAAGAGAUGAGGAAGAUUCGAGAGAUUGUUCUAAGUUACAGCUACAUUGCAAUGGACACAGAGUUUCCUGGAGUUGUUGUAAGGCCAAUUGGUGAAUUCCGCAGUUCCAUAGACUAUCAGUAUCAGCUCCUUCGGUGUAAUGUUGACCUUCUGAAAAUUAUCCAGCUGGGCCUGACUUUCACAAAUGAGAAAGGAGAAUAUCCUUCCGGCAUCAACACCUGGCAGUUUAACUUUAAAUUCAACCUUACGGAGGACAUGUACUCUCAGGAUUCCAUAGACCUCCUUGCCAGCUCUGGGCUGCAGUUCCAGAAGCACGAAGAAGAAGGGAUCGAUACCCUGCAUUUUGCCGAGUUGCUUAUGACAUCAGGGGUUGUCCUUAGUGACAGCGUGAAAUGGCUGUCCUUCCACAGUGGUUAUGACUUUGGCUACAUGGUGAAGUUGUUGACAGAUUCCAGGUUACCAGAAGAGGAACAUGAAUUUUUCCAUAUCUUGAACCUUUUCUUCCCAUCUAUCUAUGAUGUAAAGUACUUAAUGAAGAGCUGCAAAAACCUCAAGGGUGGCCUUCAAGAAGUGGCAGAUCAGCUGGAUUUGCAGCGAAUUGGACGACAACACCAGGCAGGAUCGGACUCUCUUCUCACGGGAAUGGCAUUCUUCAGAAUGAAAGAGUUGUUUUUUGAGGAUACAAUUGAUGAUGCAAAGUAUUGUGGGCGGCUGUAUGGCCUUGGCACAGGAGUGGCUCAGAAACAAAAUGAAGAUGUGGACUCUGCCCAAGAGAAAAUGAGCAUUUUGGCUAUUAUCAACAACAUGCAGCCCUGAUAAGUGGUACCCCUCAGCAGAACAUGGUUACCAUAUUGGCAGCUGCUGUCCUCAACCAUUUUCCCUAAUAGUGUUUCAAACAAAAGGCAUCUACAGUAUACAGCCUGCAGAAGGCCUGCAGUUUUGCUGAAGAGCUGCAUCUUCAUUUGAAACCCUAAAGAAGAGAGUUGACUGAAUUCCUAAUGCCAGCAUUUGUGGUUUGCUAUCUUUUUAAUACCAAGGGCAAAAGACAGAACCUACUGUGUAUACCUCUGGUUUUUUCCUCUUUAUACUGUACAGAAUCUGCAAGGAAGACUUAAUGGUAGAAUAUUCAGUAGAGCUAAGGGUCUGGAAAUCCAGUAAAAAUGGACACAGACAUGCACACAAAUUUGCAAAUUGUGCUUUAUAAAGCUAAUUUUAAAACUUCUGCAUGUUGUGAGGGUGACUGCUUCACCUCAUGUUUUGCUUAUUUUAUCUUUGUGUAGUCUGUGGAAAUUGCUCCCUUUGAUCACUGCAGAGGUUUGGGAAUGGAUGACAUUAAAAAUGAUCCUUGCAGCUAAAAAUAUUCAGAGAUUUGCUUUAACAACAGCGGGAAGGGAUAUUACUGGAGCUGAUUUGAUCAGCUCUCCAGAGUUUCUAAAUCUGUAUGGUACAGGUUUGACCUAUACUGAGCCUUAGCUUAGUUCUUAUGGGUAUUAAUAAACUGUUCUGGAAAUACAUUAAGAGGCGUAAAAGUUCACCUUUGACAGGGGAUUGGACCAAUACUCUGACUUCAGUUUUCUUCAACUUAACCUACAGAUUUUAUCCGUCUCCUUGCAACACAAGUAGUUCAGCAGAUGGAUAAGUAUUUGUUCUUCUUCUCCCCCGUGCUUCUUCAGCCCCUGAUUUUACUACAUGCUUAACAACAGACAAAACAGCUCCAUUUCUCUUCAUUAUAAACAUCUGAAAAGUAGUUAGAGGAUGGAAGAACAACUUGGGAUUCUGACUUUUUAAAAAAUGAGCUAUUCUAUAGUAUCUUUUUUUUUUCCCCAACAGCUCUGUAAUGACAUUUCUUAAAAAAAAAAAAGCCCUUUUGGACAUGGCAAACUUACUUAAAAUUUUAAGACUUCUUUGUCUUUCAUUUUAAACAAGCUUAAACAAUCCAUCAUUAGGAGUUAAGGUUUAGAGCUGGUAUUUAAAAUGCUUGUAAAUACUACGUGUUUUUAAUUUUUGUAAAAUAAAUUUUUUUAAACCAG